CCCAAACAAUGUAAUAAGCAGGUUAAAGCGACGAUGGAAUGCUUAAGGAAGACAAUAAGUCAUCAGUAAGCUAGCAUCCAUUGUCACCCAUGUGUUGUUAAUGAUUGUAAUCAACAAGAAAAGUUUAAUAAUUCAACUUUUUUUGGUACAUUUUGCACAACUUGGCUGUUUUAUGAGCUGAAGGAGCUGAACUGCACAAUGGCCAGCAGGCGGGACCACGCCAUGUUGAUAACGACUGUAGCCUGGCUGGAGUCUACCAUGAAGCGCUCUGCCCGCCUGGGCCUACAGGUGCUGGAGCGAGCAUCCAGGCGGAGGAUGGAAUUGAUGACAACUCCAGAGGUCUACAUCGGUGAAGUGUCUGAAGACGAAGACGAAGACGAAGAAAUACAAAGCAAUGAAAGCCGGAUAGAGCUGGGGGAGGCCUUUGCCACCAUCGCAGAGUUUAUGGCGCAGACCUGCUAUAAUUGCAAAAAGUUCUACCAGACGGCAGGAUGCAUGUGUGAGUCCAACAUUGAGAAGAAACAUGUGGCUCGCUUCCAUAAGCAUAUGAAUUUUGCUUCACGUCCACUCAUACGACGUGGUAAAAGGUCGACGUCAGGGGAAGAUUUCUACAUUGAGGUUUCUCCUGGAGCGUACUCUGUCAGUGCCAGCCUUCCAGGCUCACAGCAGCAAACUAAGAUGGUCGACCUCAACGCCGGCGAGACGAUCAAUCUCACGUUUAAGCUCUGACCUGGCCACAGCAAGACUACCACCACUAAUGCUGGACCCGAGGUUCCAUCUGUCGUAUGCAGAACAGGACCAACACUUUGUGGAGGAGCGCAAGCAGCAUGUAGACACACAGCAUGAGCUGCUAGAACCAUGGAGAGAUGACGUCUGGUUGUGAAGCUCCAGCACUAUUCUAUGAUAAUGAGAGGCUGAAAUAGUCUGAAGCAGACUGGCGGGUACCAGAGAGACGCAUGUGUUCCACAUCCGCACCUGAAGCAUGCAUUGGACCUCUCCUGACGGACACACAGAUUAAAGGGGUAAAUGCUUUAUUUUCAUAUAAACACACUCAUCGCUAAUACACAUGAUGUCACCUGACCUCCACAAGUGUCUCCAUGCACCCUCACAGCGGUCACUCUUCCAGGGCCAUAUCUAUGCAGGUGUGGUUCCCAUGGUGAUAGAACAGCAUCCCCACAGCGGAGGGAAGGCGGGUUUGUCCCACAGUGUUUGACCAUGUCAGGGGAGGAAACCAGCUGAUGCUGCUGCCGCCAGGGGAAGUAAGCACCCAAGAUGACGCUUCCUGUAUAGUCAAAGUCCACUACCCAAACUCCUGAACGGCCCUGUUUGGACAGAAAAUAAUGUUUAUUUUAAUAAUGCCCAUUUCCUCCACUGAAAGAAAGAAAAUAUACCAGUAGUAAGUCAUAAUUAUGAGAUUAAAAAAAAAAAAAAAGCCAUAGGUAUAAGAUAAGAAUUACAAAUUACCAGAUAAAACUUACGAUUGGGAUAUUACUAUAUGGUAAUGGUAAUGGUUUUAUUUCAUUUGAACAUGCAUCAGAUUACAAUUGAGUGCAUCACAUAAUCAGUUCACAGUUCCACAUGUCCAAAAGGAGUAGGAAGAAGCAAAGCUAAUUAAAUCCUACCCCUCCAUCUGGUACUUUUACAAUCAGUAACUGUUACAUUUGUUCACUUCCUGCUUUCCUAAUAUAGUUUUUUUUGUUUUUUUUUUAUUUUUAAUUUUUUUGUUGUUGUCCCGUACCAAAGUACGAGGUGAUAUAUGAAUAUUUCACGUGAAGAAUAAAGAGUUCCAGCCUUUCUAA